AGGUCCCGGACCCGCGGGGAAAAUGGUGGAACCAGGGCAAGAUUUACUGCUUGCUGCUUUGAGUGAGAGUGGGAUUAGCCCGAAUGACCUCUUUGAUAUCGAUGGUGGAGAUGCAGGUCUUGCCACUCCGACAACUACCCCUCCAGUUCUCCAGUCAGUGCCACUUAGUGCAUUAGAACUAGGUGUGGAGACUGAAGCAGCAGUUCCUGUUAAACAAGAGCCAGAGACGGUACCCACUCCAGCUCUAUUAAAUGUGAGGCAGCAGCCUCCGUCUACUACCACGUUUGUGCUGAAUCAAAUAAAUCAGCUUCCGACCUUGGCAUCUACAAUUGUGAUGACUAAAACACCACCUGUAACCACCAAUAGGCAAACCAUCACUUUAACAAAGUUUAUCCAGACUACUGCAAACACACGGCCUUCAGUCUCAGCACCAGUAGUACGAAAUGCCAUGACUUCUGCACCUUCCAAAGACCCUGUUCAACUUAAGGAUCUACUCAAAAACAACAGUCUUAACGAACUUAUGAAGUUGAAGCCUCCUGCUAAUAUAGCUCAGCCAGUUGCAACAGCAGCCACUGAUGUAAGCAAUGGUACAGUAAAGAAAGAGUCUUCUAAUAAAGAAGUAGCAAGAAUAUGGAUAAACGACAUGAAAAUGAGGAGUUUUUCUCCAACCAUGAAGGUCCCUGUUGUAAAAGAGGAAGAUGAACCAGAGGAAGAAGAUGAAGAAGAAAUGGGACAUGCGGAAACCUAUGCGGAGUAUAUGCCAAUAAAAUUAAAAAUUGGCCUACGUCACCCAGAUGCUGUAGUGGAAACUAGCUCUUUAUCCAGUGUCACUCCUCCUGAUGUUUGGUACAAAACAUCCAUUUCCGAGGAAACUAUCGACAAUGGCUGGCUGUCAGCAUUGCAGCUGGAGGCAAUUACAUAUGCAGCCCAGCAACAUGAAACAUUCCUACCUAAUGGAGACCGUGCUGGCUUCUUAAUAGGUGAUGGUGCUGGUGUCGGAAAAGGGAGGACGAUAGCAGGAAUUAUCUAUGAAAAUUACUUGUUGAGUAGAAAGAGAGCAUUAUGGUUUAGUGUUUCAAAUGACUUAAAAUACGAUGCUGAAAGAGAUUUGAGGGAUAUUGGAGCAAAAAACAUUUUGGUCCAUUCGUUAAAUAAGUUUAAAUAUGGAAAAAUUUCCUCUAAACAUAAUGGAAGUGUGAAAAAGGGAGUUAUUUUUGCAACCUAUUCUUCCCUUAUUGGUGAAAGUCAGUCUGGUGGUAAAUAUAAAACUAGGUUAAAACAACUCCUGCAUUGGUGCGGUGAUGACUUCGAUGGAGUGAUAGUAUUUGAUGAAUGUCAUAAAGCAAAAAACUUAUGUCCUGUUGGCUCUUCAAAGCCCACCAAGACUGGCUUAGCAGUUUUAGAGCUUCAGAACAAAUUGCCAAAAGCUAGAGUUGUUUAUGCCAGUGCCACUGGGGCUUCUGAACCACGCAACAUGGCCUAUAUGAACCGACUUGGAAUCUGGGGCGAAGGGACUCCAUUCAGAGAAUUCAGUGAUUUCAUUCAAGCAGUGGAACGGAGAGGUGUUGGUGCCAUGGAAAUAGUUGCUAUGGAUAUGAAGCUUCGAGGAAUGUACAUUGCUCGACAGCUAAGCUUUACUGGAGUGACCUUCAAAAUUGAGGAAGUUCUUCUUUCUCAGAACUAUGUCAAAAUGUAUAACAAAGCAGUCAAGCUGUGGGUCAUUGCCAGAGAGCGAUUUCAGCAAGCUGCAGAUCUGAUCGAUGCCGAGCAGCGAAUGAAGAAGUCUAUGUGGGGCCAGUUCUGGUCUGCUCAUCAGAGAUUUUUCAAAUACCUGUGCAUAGCAUCCAAAGUGAAAAGGGUUGUGCAGCUAGCUCGAGAAGAAAUCAAGAAUGGGAAAUGUGUUGUCAUUGGCUUGCAGUCUACAGGAGAAGCCAGAACUUUAGAAGCUUUGGAAGAAGGCGGAGGAGAAUUGAAUGAUUUUGUUUCAACUGCCAAAGGGGUUUUGCAGUCACUCAUUGAAAAGCACUUCCCUGCUCCAGACAGGAAAAAACUUUAUAGUUUGCUAGGCAUCGAUUUGACAGCUCCAAGUAACAACAGUUCACCACGAGAUAGUCCUUGUAAAGAAAAUAAAAUAAAGAAGCGGAAAGGUGAAGAAAUAACCCGAGAAGCCAAAAAAGCACGAAAAGUGGGUGGCCUUACUGGUAGCAGCUCUGACGACAGCGGCAGUGAGUCUGAUGCCUCUGAUAAUGAAGAGAGUGACUACGAGAGCUCUAAAAACAUGAGCUCUGGAGAUGAUGACGAUUUUAACCCGUUUCGAGAUGAAUCCAGUGAGGACGAUGAAGACGAUCCCUGGCUAAUCAGAAAAGACCACAAAAAAGGCAAAGAUAAAAAAAAGAAGAAAAGCAUAGAUCCAGACUCUAUUCAGAGUGCCUUAUUAGCGUCAGGUCUUGGAUCAAAGCGACCUAGUUUCUCAUCUACACCAGUUAUCUCACCUGCUCCCAAUAGCACACCAGCUAACAGUAACACCAACAGUAACAGCAGCCUUAUAACAAGCCAGGAUGCUGUGGAACGGGCCCAGCAGAUGAAGAGAGAUCUCCUUGACAAGCUAGAGAAAUUAGCUGAAGACCUUCCUCCUAAUACUUUGGAUGAGCUCAUUGAUGAACUUGGUGGCCCCGAGAAUGUUGCUGAGAUGACUGGCCGCAAGGGGCGGGUUGUGAGCAAUGACGAUGGAAGCAUAUCCUAUGAGUCAAGGUCUGAACUUGAUGUACCCGUGGAGAUACUAAAUAUCACAGAGAAGCAGAGGUUUAUGGAUGGAGAUAAGAAUAUUGCUAUCAUCUCAGAAGCUGCCAGCUCGGGUAUUUCAUUACAAGCAGAUCGGAGGGCUAAAAAUCAAAGGAGAAGAGUACAUAUGACUUUGGAGUUACCGUGGAGUGCUGAUAGAGCAAUUCAACAGUUCGGACGAACUCACAGAUCAAACCAAGUUACUGCUCCCGAGUAUGUCUUUCUGAUUUCCGAAUUGGCAGGAGAACAAAGAUUUGCUUCUAUUGUUGCUAAGAGACUUGAGAGUUUGGGGGCGCUUACACAUGGUGACAGAAGAGCAACAGAGUCCAGGGACCUGAGCAGGUUCAACUUUGACAACAAGUAUGGAAGAAAUGCUUUAGAAAUUGUUAUGAAAUCCAUUGUAAACUUGGAUUCUCCUAUGGUUUCACCACCUCCAGACUAUCCUGGAGAAUUCUUUAAAGAUGUUCGACAAGGACUGAUAGGAGUUGGGCUGAUAAAUGUAGAGGAUCGCUCAGGAAUCCUGACUCUUGAUAAAGACUACAACAACAUAGGAAAAUUCUUAAAUAGAAUUCUGGGCAUGGAGGUGCAUCAGCAGAAUGCCUUGUUUCAGUAUUUUGCGGACACGCUAACUGCAGUUGUUCAAAAUGCCAAAAAAAAUGGAAGAUAUGAUAUGGGGAUCUUAGAUCUUGGUUCUGGAGAUGAAAAGGUGAGGAAAAGUGAUGUUAAGAAGUUUCUGACUCCAGGAUAUUCAACCUCUGGCCACGUAGAGUUAUACACAAUUAGUGUAGAGAGGGGAAUGUCCUGGGAGGAAGCCACCAAGAUCUGGGCCGAGCUGACAGGGCCGGACGAUGGCUUUUACUUGUCCUUGCAGAUAAGGAACAACAAGAAAACUGCCAUCUUAGUUAAAGAAGUAAACCCUAAAAAGAAACUUUUCCUAGUUUAUCGACCAAAUACUGGGAAACAGCUCAAACUAGAAAUUUAUGCUGACUUAAAAAAGAAAUAUAAAAAGGUAGUUUCAGACGAUGCACUGGUGCACUGGUUAGAGCAGUACAACUCAUCUGCAGAUACUUGUACUCAUGCUUAUUGGCGUGGCAAUUGCAAAAAAGCAAGCUUGGGAUUCGUUUGUGAAAUAGGUCUUCGUUGCCGCACGUAUUAUGUACUGUGUGGUUCAGUGCUGAGUGUGUGGACAAAAGUCGAGGGUGUUCUAGCCUCUGUCAGUGGCACAAAUGUGAAAAUGCAGAUAGUUCGGCUGAGAACCGAAGAUGGACAGCGGAUUGUAGGUUUGAUCAUUCCAGCAAAUUGUGUGUCUCCUCUUGUGAAUCUCCUGUCAACCUCAGACCAGUCUCAACAGCUCGCGGUGCAGCAGAAACAGCUAUGGCAGCAGCACCACCCGCAGAGCAUCACCAACUUGAGCAAUGCGUAAAGGACAGACAGGUCUCGGCACGGACGUGUCUGAAGUGCUGUGGAAGCAUAUCAUUUGCAUAAAAAUCAGGGACAGUUUCCAAAGAAUUCUAUGUUUUUUUCAGUUGUGCUCUCUAGUUACUUUUUGGGGAGUGAGGACAGCCUGAAAUGGCAGCAGUGCAGGUGCGCAGUGCCGACGGUGGGACGGUCUUUCCUUUUGCUUUAGCCCUGGUCCUCCUGUACGCUUCUGCUUUGGGUAGCAGAGGGCGUGUGCGCCUGUGUGUGUGUGUCUGUGAGUUUGUUAAAGGCUACGAACUGCAAUUGGUCUGAAAUGCUUGGAACUCCCCAAACUGGCUUUGCUUUAUGUCCCCCAGUGCUCAGGGUUAACGCAGUGCACCCAUGCCGUCGCUGGGGAGCUCUCCCUGGACGCAUGCGUUUUGAGUCUGUAAAUAGAAAAUAUAUGUUGGUUUCUUUUUCCAACUUAAACAAUAGGCUUAUUAAAGCAUGAAAUGAAAGGUUGCAUAUCAUGCAUUCGGGUUCUUUUCCGGUUUUUGUUCCGACCGUGCAUGUCUUUGAAAGCAUGCGUGAACAAGAGUAACGUAGAAGUUAAGUAAUGGAGAGAGUCGUUUGUAGAUGUACAGCAUUGGUUAUUGCCUUUGUACCGUGUUUAUACCUGGGUAUUGCUUCUGACCCUGCGAAGCCCUGCCCCACCUGCCCCCGUCCCAGGUUUCUUGUCCAGGUAAUGAGUACAUUUACUUGUGAGAAAACUCUUUAAUUUUAAUGUAUUAAUAGUAUUCCUAAUGUGUGCUGCAGAAAUGGCUAUAAGCCUCCCUUUCUUAAAGUCGCGUUUUCCUUAACUUAAAGACAGGUUUAGAAAGAAGUACAUAUUGGCUUCCAAUCUUGCAAACCAUCUUUUUUUUUUACCCCCCACUUCAUUAUCAUAGUUUAGUUUGCCUUGUUGCUUCUGGAAAGGAAACCGUCCUUGCGUUGUAACCGAGACAGCGAGGAAACCCUCGAGGCUCCUGCUGGACGUCUGUUGUGCUCUCGUUGUCGCCCAGUGACUUGAAUACUGUUUAAUGUGCUGUAAGAGUUAUAGAGCUGAUCUCCAGCUGUUAAUUGCGCUCAUGUACAAAUGUGAAUAGACGCUUAUCUAUAACACGGGGAAGUCUUGUUUUGCCUAUAAUAGAUGUUUAUAAAAACAAGUGAGGGGACAAUUGGUCUGUUUCCUUUUUUUCUUUUCUUUUUUUUUGCUUGCACAAGUUGCACUAUUGAAAAAUUGAGAUUGUAUAAACCUGGUCAAAAGCUGCAAGAUACCAAAAUCUUGUAGAUAUCAAAUAAAAAGUUACUAUACUAACAAGAAGUGGACUCUUGUCUAGGCCCUCACCGGUGACUUCAGCAGUAGUCUGUGACGGGGACUGCGCAGCCUGCAUGUUGCCUCAGCAUUCCAGGUAGCCUUAUACUUCGGCUUGAAACCUACCCCUAGAGUCUGCGAUGCUGUUUCGGAAGGGGUGACAUGGUAGUACUUUUGAAUGUUUCUCAAGUUGAAUUGCUUCCCUUGUAACUUCUUGAAAGUUUUUGAACAGAAUUGGGUAAGGUGUAUGUGAAGUGAGCAAAGCCUGAUAGAAAGCUUGGGCUUUCAUCCUCUUGUGCUUCUUUAAGUCUGACUUCGGUUAUGCGGUUAUGUCACGUUUGCCCUAAGCUUUCUUUGCGUUUAUCUAUUCUUGGUGCCCGAAAGAACGAAAUUGAGAGUGAUUUCUGUUCUUGGGCACUGUUCGCCCAGUGGAUGCAAUCUUGAUCCUCAGUCCAGUCCGUGUAUCUCAGGCAGUGACCCACAUGAAUAUCAACUGGUGUCCCUCAGUAGGGUCACUAGGCCCACUUGGCAGAUUGCCUCCCCACCCCUGCAGCAGUCGUCCCCACCCAUUAGUGCUUCUGGCUCCAAGCCUGUGGUGCAGUCAGCUCCUACCAGCAUGCUAAGGUGGAGGCCAUAGCCUGAGGUGGGUGGGGGCUAGCAGACCCUCUAGUCAGACAGGUGGCGGGCUUGGGGCCGUGCUCUGUCACAGCUGCUGGCCCAGCUCUCCUUCCUGUGUGUGAGGUAUCUUGAGCAGGUUUUGGCUUUAUGGUGUUUUCA